UCAACAUGGAGUCAACUAUAUGAACACACCUCUCUUCGUAAACAAAAACAAUUUGUCCCCGCCGUUUGAGCUUUGGGUCCCUAAACUAAAUCGAGCAAAGUAAACGCCGUCAAAAUUUCGCAAACUCUACUUGCUUCAUCAAUGGCUUCUGCUAAUGUGGACAAUCGGGGCUCCUUCGGGUCAAAACGCUCUCGCAAUGAUGUUGGAGCCCAUUGCAUUUUAGACGCUCGGAGUGAUGGAGAUUGGACUUGUCCUGAAUGUGGAAAUAUUAACUUUGGAUUUAGAACGGUUUGCAACCGCGCAAAAUGUGCUGCUCCUCGUCCUCCAGUAUUGCCAAGUCAUGCUCCAAUGACAAGUCAUUACAAUAACCCUCCUCCCUUUUAUAUCGGAGGUUUUGGGCCUCCUCCAAUGCCAUAUGGAGUAUCCACCAGGUAUGGGUCCCCAAUUCCACAUUCUGGAAUGCAUUACGACUAUGGUGCACCCCCUGUUGCUCAUGGAGCAUAUGGCCCUCCAGUCCCCACAUUUCCACCCGGAGGUUAUGGAGGUUUUGGUGACUCAGGAAUGGGUUACGCAUCACCUUCAACUAUGAAUGGAUAUGGAUUUGGUUUUCCUGGAUCUCCUUGGUCUGGAGGAAUGAGUAUGAUACCUGAAAAUCCUGCUUCCAGGAAACGCCGUGGGGGUCCAGAUGGUUCAUAUGAUGGGGAUUGGAUAUGUCCCAAAUGUGAGAAUGUAAACUUUGCUUUUAGAACUGUAUGCAACAUAAAGAAAUGUGGAGCUGCCAGACCUUCUCUUGAUCUAUCAUUGGGGAGGACGAUUGGCAGUGCUAGGAUUCGUGACAGACUUUAUUUCUUUCAGCACCCGAACAAAGAGCUGCCUUAUCUGCACUGUUUAACUUCAAGGUUCUACUAAUCAGUCAAAUGCUGGUGCUCCUGAAGGCAGCUGGACUUGUGGCAAAUGCGGCAACGUGAACUACCCCUUUCGAACUGUUUGUAAUAGGAAGGAAUGUGGAACUGAGAAACCUAGUUCUUGAAAUUUACUCAAAUACUUUCUGGUUUAUGUUUCGUGUAAAAAAUCCACAGAUUUCACCUAUUGUUGGGAACAGAAUUUCAAAAUCAAGACAAAUUUGUUCUCGGAAAUAUAUUUGAAAUGGUUAUUUCUGACAAAAA